AUGGCAACCUCCGCCGCCUCGGAAGCAACACCCCGCCGGACCAAGGAGUCGAAGUUGGUGCAGAUCUACGGGGACGAGGACUCUGCAAUGGUGACCGAUCAAGAGGAUCUCCAGCCCAAGGCGAGAAACAAUCCGUGGCCGGUGGCACGGGAGCGGGGAUGGGAGGCCGCCAGCGCCACUGCCGAGCAGCGUGGCGAAGCGGCGGGCAAAGCAAGCUGGGGGCAAGAGCAAGGCGGCGCAGCAUCGAGCGCUCGCCGGGGAGUUAAGGCGGACUACCCGAGCGUGUCGCAGGUGUGGAGCUGGGAUGUGGCGCUGAACAUCGCCGCGUCGACGUGGAGCCGCAUGGUGACCUUUGAUUGGAAGACGUUCUUGCAUGUGGCAGCUGAGGGUCAAACGGGCGGUGGAUCAUCGCAUUUGCUGGGUGUCCUUGGAUGGCAAAGCCGUCAGGUGGAGACACUCUUUGGGAACGCCGCCGUGCGCAGCUGCCUGUCUGGAAGUGGGAAGGAGGCAUGGGACUUGGUGCAAGCUCGAGAGUUGAUCGUGGUGGUGAACAAUGUCCCUAUGAAACGCCAGCUUCAGGGCCGCGGCGUGGUCCUCGCGGGCACUUGGGCAAAGGUGGUCCUCGGCAUGAAGGGCAGUGGCCGGAUGGCUUCUCGGGGCGCCGGUGAGCAGCAUAAGCGGCCCGAGGAGAACUUGCGCAAGGUUGUGGCUCAUUUGCAUGUGACGCUGGGGCUACGCCGCAGGUGGCCUAUGGAAAGCCCAAGCACAGUUCAACGAGCGCUUGAUGGGGACUCUUUCUACGUCUGGGAUAAGGCCGGGCGGAAGUUCGUGGUGACCCACUUCAUUGGCAGCCUCGACGAUUACCACAUUGGCGAUCUCACGGAUCGGGAAAUUUUGCAGGACCUAUGGAUAGCUUCUUUUGGGGACCUGCUGGUGACCGAUGGCUGGCCUGAGUUCUGUGGGAAUAUUGAGACGGUGGCAGCGCUCUUUGGGAUGGUGCAUGAGGUGGUCUUCGAGGGCGCAAAGUGGCGGAUGGGAUUGGCUGAGAGGCAUGGCGCGAUCAUCAAGCUGAUGAUGAGUAUGAACCUGGAGGGGAUGUGGCCGCCUCGCCGCAAAGACUCGAGCUUUGAACAAGAGCGGUGUGUCGCCCAUGCAGGCGGCCCAGCACCACCCUGCCCGGCUCGCUGCUCCAGCAUAUCUGCACAGGCCAGAUGCAGUACCUGGUACAACCAGGAGAUGGAGACCAAUGAGACUCUUGAACGAGCCGACCGGAUCAGGCUUUUCCUUUGGAGAAGAUCCGUUUGGCCGCAUUGCGAGACGGUGUCGGCUCAGUUCGUGAACGAUGCUCUGAAGGAGGUGGAGGCUGAACUACAAGGUAGCCAAGUUCGGGUCGAAGAGGUUGCCUGUCUUUCUGAAGAGGUGGUUCCGGUCCCGAGCUUCUCAUCGUUUUCCUCCUCUUCUUCCACCUCCGACACUGCUGGAGGGGAGCAAGCUCAACCAAAGGUGGAUCCUCAGUCCGAGGAGCAGGAGCGACGGGCCAAGGCGUUGGAUGAUGUGCCACUGCGGGCUUUUGCAGAUCGGCGGAAGUCGGAGGCCAGCCGACGUGCCCGUGGCGUCAUGGUGGUGGAGGAAGAUGUGGACAUCGGCUCCUGGUUGGCUACUGGUGAGUACGAGACCUUGUCGCAGGACACGUUGGGUCACUGGAGGCGACAGCGGCGGCGUCACGGGGGUGAAGACGGGCAAGGCCAGGCGGAGUAUCGUUGGCGCAACCUCGGCAACGACUGGCCUGCUUUGAAGAAGGCCGCCCCAUGGUGCGGGCCUGGGGAAAUGAGGAGAUGUCCGGACUUCGGAAUCAGCGGCUACUUCAACUUCCGGGUCCUUCAGUGUCGAGUUCGGAAUCGACGGCCACUUCAAUGUUCGGGGGUCCACACAGUCAACUUCCGGGGGUCCUUCAGUGUCGAGUUCGGAAUCGACGGAUUCGGGGGUGUUUCUACGUCAAGAACGUCAGGUGGUCUGCAACUAGGUGACACCGCGUCCGAGGAGAUGCCAGCAAGUACCGCGGAGGGGGUCAUUGCCUACGUGCACGAGAAGGUCUUGGGUGAGGACGGCGGCUCCGAGCUCACCGCGGAGGAGAAGCGACUGAUCGGCAGAGCUUUGAAGUGGGUCAAUGCCACCGUGCGGCGAGCACGGGAAGACCUCAACCUGGUGAUCCGAAAGUUCGACUGUGACCCCGCGGAGCUUCUGGUGGUGUCAGUGAGCGAUGCCGCAUAUGGGGCCAUGCCGAACGGUGGGCACCAAGGUGGCACUAUGAUAUUCGCCCACCCCGCAGUCCUUCGAGGUGCUGGUGCCGUCUGCAUCAUGGAGGCGGCGAGCACGAAGAUACAGCGAGUGGUGCGGUGCUCGAUGUCGGCUGAGGUGAGCUCGUUGGCCACAGCUUUUGAGCACGGCGACUUUGUCCGAGCGGUGCUUGCAGAGUUGUUGGAUCCCAACUUUCGGAUAGAACGAUGGACCUCCAAGUCCAAGAAGAUCUUGAAUACAGCGACGAGCAAGGAAAACCAAUGGGAAGUUAAGACGCGUUGGCCCCACCUGUAA